AAGCGUGUCUAAACGAGUCGUGUGCUGCAGGCUUCAGCUGUCACGAGUCCGGCUCCACGGUUCUAGCUCUGGCGUCUAAACAGCAGCUGCUGCUCAGCGGAGGCCGGAAGGGCUGCAUCAGUGUUCUGGACCUCAGUCUGAAGAUCCAGCGCCAGAGUUUCCAGGCGCACGACUCGGCCGUCAAAGCGCUGGCCAUCGACGCCAGCGAGAGCUGCUUCAUCAGCGGAUCGGCCGAGGGCAACAUCAAGGUGUGGAGCAUGUCCACCCAGAGCCUCCUGCACACCUUCAGUAAUGAACACGCUCGCCAGUCGCUCUUCCGUAACCUGGGCACGGGCGUCAUGCAGAUCGAGACCGGCCCGGCCAAUCACGUCUUCUCCUGCGGCGCAGACGGCACAAUGAAGCUCCGCCUCCUGCCCGACACUCUGAGCCUCUACUGCAGCGGCGCGAAGAACGACGUCAGGUUUAUCAUGUAGCACACUCAUGACUCUUGCACACGGUAAGACAAGCAAUACGAGAGAGACGCUCACAGCCCAAACACAGGGAUCCUGGGACGGACGCGCUCAAGCACACUGUACGAUUUCUGCAGCAUAUUAAUCUGAAAUAUAUCUAUAUAUAUAUAUCAGUUAAGCCUUAACUAGCCAAACUGUUGCUAAGCGGUGUUGUGAUCGUGCUCUAGACUCAAUAUAGUGAUAAGUGUCCUUAUAUUUCUACUCAACAUCCAUCAUCUCUCACGCUGGACGUCUCCGUCAUCAGACCACUGCAUUCUGUUGCGUCUGUCAAACGAUGUGCGGUAGUUAUAAUAAUCGUUCUAUGGGAAGGUAUUGUAUAUUACUACAGUAAGCAGUAUUUAGUAGGCUGACAGUUCACCCAAAAAUAAAAAGUCAUCAUUUACUCUCCAUCAUGUCAUUCCAAACUUGU